AUGAUGAAGUCUUCGCACGAUUUGAGAAUCCAUAAGCAUCAUUCAAAGCAGCAGGAGGAUAAUAUGACGGAUGAAACAGACUUGUUUUUUCUGAGCAUGAGCAAAGCAGUUAAAAAACUUCCGAAACUAGAUCAGACCAAAAUAAAAUUGGAUUUGCACACUGCUGUAUCAGAAGCUGAAAUAAGGAAACUUCAGACACAAGCACAAAUUCUUAGAACACCAAUUAAUGUGACUCACCAGAUAGUUACUCGGCCACAACAACCGCUGCCACUCCAGCUACCCAUUCCACCAUCCACAUUCAUGACGACAUUUCCAGCAGUCCCAGCUACACCAACUCUCGACAACAUCAACUCUCAACAAUCGGCCUCAACACUUUAUAAUUUUGAAGAAGAUAACAUCUCAUCAUAUUAUAGCAAUGCAGACUUUUCUGAUGAUAACUGA